ACAAAAAAAUAUUGCUCUGACAAUACUUGCCUAUCUCCCACCUACCCCCCUCUGUUGCUUCCAUGGCUAUGAAUGCAGCUUGCAUUGCUGUACGGAAGUCUUGCACUAGUCUUCCCCCUUUGAACCUUGUUCCCCUUUCUCCUCUCUGAAUCCUGAAUCCAAACUCGCUAAUUUGGCCCUCUACUUGUGAGAUCCCAAGCUAGAGCGCGUUCGUGUGGCUGAUUCCAUUGUGAUCUAUCCCAACAUUUUCCACCCAACCUUCCAUUCCAUCUGCUACUUGCUGGAUAUGGUCCGGGUGGCCACGGGGGACGGCCGCCGCCGCAAGAAUGCCCGGAGGGGGGCUCCGCGGGCGGCCGAGGUUGACGUCGUCCUGGACGAGCUUCUCGACCUGGUGUUCUUGCGCCUCCCCUCGUAUCUCGACCUCGUCCGCGCCGCGUGCGCGUGCAGGCGCUGGCGCCGUGUAAUCGCGGGCGACGGCGGCGGCUUCCUCCGUCGGUUCGGCUCUCUCCGCGGCGCGUCGUCCCCCCACGUCGUCGGCCGCUACCGCGUCGACGCGCGCCACCAGCACCCACGUCCGCCUGGCCGUAACCCCGUCUUCGUCCCCUCCUCGCGGCAGAGGGGUACCGUGGCCGAACGGAACCUGGCGCUUGACUUCCUCCCGCGGGGGGAAUAUGGGGGUCGUUGCUGGGAGCUCGUGGACAGCCGGGGCGGCCUCCUCCUCCUCCUCCUCGACGAGCUGGCCUCGCCCACUCUCGAUUUACACGGUGCUCCUCGUCUGCGGCCCCCUGGCGCGGCGCUACAAGGAGAUCCUAACUCGGCGUGGUUCCGCGACUGCGAUUUCCUAGGCGCCUUCCUUCUUGAUGGCGAGGACGCCGGCACGCGCUUCAGCAUGUCAAAUUUCAGGGUGACGUGCGCCGUCUAUUCCUGCGGGCAUCGUAUCGUCAGGGCCUGCGCCUUCUCGUCCGUUCGCGGCGGCCGCUGGACCUCCGGCGCCGGACGCAGCAGCACUGCAGACUGCGGAUUGGGUAUCAUCCACUUCGCGGGGAGCGACGACGGGUUCGCCUACUGGACGGCCGGGGACAACAUUGUUCUUACUCUGGACAAGGACGCCGCCGAGUUCACCUCUUCCGUCUUGCCCGACGACGGGGAGUACGCCGCUCUCCGGAACAAGCACCACGCCACGGAGUACGCCUACCAUCAGCCGUGGCCACCUACGAUCGAAGCUUGUUUGUCCUAGCUGCCGUGGCUUGGAGAUAUCCAUGGUGGCGUCCCAGGUUCUCAAUUCUGCCGUUUAUUGUGAUGUUCCUUGAGCAUGGAGUACCAGGGUCCGUCAUUCUUCUGUAGGCAUAAAGUGGUAACCAGCUUGUCAAUUUUUCAGAUCUUUAAUUGUGUUUGUUCGUAAUCGUUUACUGCUCGGCUCAUUGGAUUGUAUCAGUGCUAGUUUGAACAUUUUCCUGGUCUGGAGAUUCCUUUCGUAAAUGUGAAAUUGUUUGUUUUGGAUUGGAGAAGUU